AUGACACAAGUCAACUGGUCCCAAGUGGGGGACACCUGGUCCGGAGACACCUGGUCCGGAGCCAGGGCCCGGUGGAGCAGAAAAACACUGGGCUUUUUGUUCUGCUCCAGGGGGCCCCUUCACACCUGCAGGGGCCGCGGUGUAAUGAAGGAGAAAGCGGCACAUCUGGAGGAGAGAGAAGUUGAGAUCUCCUCCCUCCUCGUCUCCUUCCUCCCUGGCUCCUCCCUCCUCAUCUUCUACUUCCUCAUCUCCUACUUCCUCAUCUCCUACUUCCUCAUCUCCUCCCUCCUCAUCUCCUCCCUCCUCAUCUCCUCCCUCCUCAUCUCCUCCAUCCUCAUUUCCUCCUUCCUCAUCUCCUACCUCCUCGUCUCCUCCCUCCUCAUCUCCUACUUCCUCAUCACCUACUUCCUCAUCUCCUCCCUCCUCAUCUCCUACCUCCUCAUCUCCUCCAUCCUCAUUUCCUCCUUCCUCAUCUCCUCCCUCCUCAUGUCCUCCAUCCUCGUCUCCUCCCUCCUCAUCUCCUCCAUCCUCAUUUCCUCCUUCCUCAUCUCCUCCCUCCUCAUCUCCUACCUCCUCAUCUCCUCCAUCCUCAUUUCCUCCUUCCUCAUCUCCUCCCUCCUCAUGUCCUCCAUCCUCGUCUCCUCCCUCCUCAUCUCCUACUUCCUCAUCACCUACUUCCUCAUCUCCCUCCUCAUCUCCUCCCUCCUCAUCUCCUCCAUCCUCAUCUCCUCUCGUAAUCUCCUACUUCUUCGUCUAUCUCCUCCCUCCUCGCCUCCUUCUGUCUCCUGCCUUGGCUCCUUGGCCCCUUGUUUUUCCACUGCUCCCUCCUCGCCUCCUUCCCUGUGGUCGGUGGAUGUGUCUCGCCUCCUGCUCAGGCCCAGGGCCCGUCACUCGCUCCUGUCUCCACAAGACGAGCCGUAG